AGCAGUGGAAGCAGCAGCAGUGGAAGCAGCAGCAGUGGAAGCAGCAGCAGUGGAAGCAGCAGCAGUGGCAGCAGUGGCAGCAGUGGCAGCAGUGGAAGCAGCAGCAGCGGGGCGACUCAGGUUCUUGUGAAACCGACCACCCUUGUCGUGGGCGGCACGACCUCGACCAAGGUCGUCACUGAGACCGUGACUAUCGUUGAGACCAUUACCACCGUCAUUGGUGGCGUUACGGUCACGCAGUACCAGGCCGCUACCACCACCGGCCCGGCCUCUGUUGCUGCCAUGGCCACCACGACGGUCAGCUUUACUGAGACGCAUGUCUCCACCCUCACCAUGACGGCAGGAGCCUCCGGGGUGGCUGCUGUUGGUACAAGCGUCAGCACUGUGACUGUCACUGCUGCAGGCACUGGCGCCGCCGGGGCCUCCGGGGUCGCUGCUGUUGGGACGAGCGUCAGCACUAUGACCAUCACCGCCGCAGAGUCCACCAGCACUAAGACUAUCACUGCCGCAGAGUCUACUACGACCAUCACCGCCGCAGAAUCCACCAGCACCAUGACCGUCACCGCCGCAGAAUCCACCAUGACCGUCACCGCUGCCGAAACCACCAGCACCAUGACUGUGACUGCUGCGGAAUCUACCAGUACCAUGACCGUCACUGCUGCGGAGUCUACCAGCACCAGCACCUUGACAAUUACCGCUGCGGAAACCACCAGCACCCUGACCGUCACUGCUGCAGAAUCCACUAGCACCAGCACCUUGACAAUCACCGCUGCAGAAGUCACUAGCACCAGCACCAUGACUAUUACUGCCGCGGAAGCCACCAGCACCGUGACCAUCACUGCAGUGGCUAGCGAUGCUGCCGGAGCCAGUGGGGUUGCUGCCGUGGGCAAGAAUGCCAGCACCGUGACUGUGACGGCGUCGGGAGCAGCUAACACGGUGACCAUCACCGCGGCAGAGGUCACCAGCACUAUCACGCAGGUUGCCACCGCGACCGAGACUGAGACCGAAACCGUGACUGCCAAGGCGACUGCAUGUGUUUAA